GGGGGGCCUUUAUCCUGCGUGUGUCCGUCCGUUCGUACCUGUCUCUCCACUCCUCGUGUCUCUGCUCCUGUCUGUGCCCCCAGCGUCUUUUCCUCAUGUCUCUCUGCUCCUCCCUGUGUUCCUAUGAUUGUGUGUACCCCUGUUCGUACCGCUGUUACCCCCGCUACUCUCUGUCCUCGUGUCUUUACCCGUUGUGUCUCCCCGCCCCCAUCUCCCUGUGUCUCCCCCGUCGCCGUCGGCCCCUGUGCACCCGGGUGUCCUGUUCCCCUCUCUGUCUGCCCCGCUGCCCCUUCCCUCGCCUGACUUGUUCCCUCUUCCCCCGCCUCUCCAUCGCCUCCUCCUACUCCGUCUGUUCCCCCCUGUUCUCCGUGUUCCCCCUGUUCGUCCUAUCUUUGUCCCGCGUGCUGCACCUCCUGCUAAGCGCCGUCUGGGGCCUUAGGGCCACCUGGCCCCCAGUCGUCGUCGUCGUCGCCGUCGUCGUUGUCCCCUCGUCCUUGUCUCCCAAUCCCCCAUGUCUCUUCGCGUCUGUGUGUCCCCUUGUGCAGGGAUCGCUUUCUCCAACGGCCCCCGAUGGCAUACGCUUCGAACGUUCACGAUGGGCGCCCUGAAGGACAUGGGGCUGGGGACGCGCAGCAUAGAGGAGCGGAUUCAGGAAGAAGCGGCCGCCCUCUGCGAAGAACUCGGCCAAAACCGCGAUGCUCCAUUUAACCCCCAACAGCUCCUAUGCAAUGCUGUGUCCAACGUCAUCUGUGCGGUGGUGUUUGGACAGCGCUAUGGCUAUGAGGACCCUGAUUUCAAAACCCUGCUCGAUCUGCUGAAUGACAACUUUAAGCUAAUGAGUUCCCAGUGGGGCCAGAUGUACAACAUGUUCCCCUCUGUCAUGGACUGGGUUCCUGGUCCCCACCAGCGAAUCUUCCACAACUUUGAGUUACUACGGGCCUUCAUCUACGAUCAGAUUUGGAAACACCAGAAGAGCAGGAAGCCCAGAGAGCCUCGGGACUUCAUUGACUGUUUCCUAGAUCAGAUAGACAAGGAAAAGCAGGACCCCUGGAGUCACUUCUACAUGGAUACGCUAGUGAUGACGACCCACAAUCUAUUCUUCGGGGGCACCGAGACCACAAGCACCACCCUUCGCUACGGGCUGCUGAUCUUACUCAAAUAUCCCGAAGUGACAAAAAAAGCCCAAGAAGAGAUAGACCGUGUGGUGGGGCGGGACAGGGCCCCUCGCCUCGAUGACAGAGAAAACCCCUACGCCAACGCGGUCCUGCAUGAGAUCCAGAGACUCAUCAGCGUCCUGCCCAUGGGCUUGCCCCGGGCCACCACACAGGAUACCCAUUUUCGUGGCUACCUCCUGCCCAAGGGCACCCACGUCAUCCCACUCUUGGUGUCCGCACACCGGGACUCAAUCCAGUUCAAGGACCCACAAUGCUUUGACCCGACCAACUUUCUGGAUGACAAAGGGGCCUUCCGACCACACCAAGCUUUCAUGCCCUUUGCUCCAGGGAAGCGCACGUGCCUAGGGGCAAGUCUGGCCCGAAUGGAAAUCUUCCUCUUCUUCACCACCAUCCUCCAGCGCUUCAAACUCUACCCGGUGGAGAAGCCUGAGGACAUAGACCUGACCCCUCAGUGCACAGGCCUGGGCAACGUGCCCCCGGCGUAUGAGCUCCGCGUGCUGGCCCGCUGAGCUCCUGCCCGAGGGGACACCUGCGAUCCCUCCCACCCCCACUGUGUCUUUUGUCGAAUAAACCCCCCCCUCAAAGGC